UUGACAUACCAUGAGAACCCUUUGCGUCUUGAUCUUUCUUGCGGCUCUUUUUGCCUUGUGUUCUGCCCAGCAGACCUCUAAAGGCAAAAGCGUGAAGGAGAAUGCCUUCUCCAAAAUUGUUCCCCGUCUGCUGUGGAAACGCGGCGAGAGUCAGGAGAGCCACAAAAGUCCCGUCAUUUAUGUGCAGAGGCCAUAUUACGAGGACGACUACGAUAGACACGACUACCGCCACCACCGGAACCCCUACUAUUCGUACUAUGGUCCUCCUCCACCACCACCACCACCCCCACCGCCCAGCCGUCCUUUCAACCCGUUCAAUGGAAUGGAGUACGCAAAUACCGCCGGCAGUGGACCCACCUUCCUGGUCAUCAACCCAAGCAACAUGCAGGGCAUCUACCUCCCAGCAAGCACUACGGCAGGCAGUUCCAACAGCACCAACUCCACCAGUUCCCGCCGCAGUGCCUUCGUGCCCUCGAUCGCCGAUUUGCUGCAGGGCCUUAACCUGGACGACUUGGCCGAUGGAAGUCUCUUCGAGGAUGACUCCGAGGUGGUGAACGCCGCGGAAAACGGAACUGCAGAGGAAGCCCCGAUCUCCGAAGGAACCACCACCCAAGCCGAUGACGAUGGCGAUGCCGAAGAUGUGAUCAGCGAGGACGCAGUGGAAGCCCUCGAGCGGCAGACCAACCGGGGAUUGAGUCCCAAGCACCUGGUCUCGAUCAUCAUGCAGGACAAGCGGCGUCGGCGCAUCCAGGAGGUUCUGGCUGGCAUCUAUUUGCGGAACUACAACCUGAACAGAAAGUAAUCAAACGAACACGAGCAGAAACAAAUUGAAAUUGUGUGUGGCUAAAUAAAUAGCGGGAAUCUUGCC